GGUACCCGCCGCGCCAUGGAGCCGCCGCUGCCGCUGCUGGCGCUGUCCCUCGUGCUGCUCUGCUCCGCAGGUCUAACAAGAAGCCUAACUAUAACUUCAGUUGACCAAUCAGUGUUUGAAAAAGCAUAAGGAGAGAAAGUUACGUUGCCAUGUACUUUUGAGUUCUCAGAAGAAGAUGAAGGCCCACUAGAUAUUGAGUGGGUGUUCAUACCAGCAGAUAAUCCAGAGAAGGAACAAGUGAUAAUUAUGUAUGCUGUAGACAGGAUUUAUAAUCUCUAUAAUCCUACUGCAACUGGGCGAGUGCAAUUUACUAAUUCUAAUCCCAGAUCUGGUGAUGGUUCAUUGGAUAUCAUGAAUUUAAAGGCAGCAGACAGUGGCACGUACCAGUGCAAAGUAAAGAAGGUUCCUGGAGUUCAAAGCAAAAAAAUACUGUUGACUGUACUUGUAAAGCCAGCAGGAACUAAAUGUUCCAUUGAAGGAUCACAGGAGAUUGGAAAAGACGUUACCUUGAAAUGUGCAUCACGAGAAGGAUCCCCACUUUUGUCUUACGACUGGAGGAGAGUAUCUGGCACACAGGAACUUCCUACCACUUCCAUGCUGAAUAAAAAUACAGGGGAACUUCUUCUGAAGAAUGUCUCUCAAGAAGACUCUGGUGUAUACGACUGUGUUGCCACGAACAGAGUUGGCACGGAUGAAUGUUCUAUUGAGCUGAAUGUCACCCCUCAAAGUGUUUGCUGGGUAAUGGUCAUGUAGCGUUCUGCGUGUGAAAACUGAAUAUCCUUUUCCUCUAAACUCAAAUCCAAAACCUUGUAACUGGUGGGUACCAAAACAAGGCUUAUUAUUCUUUUA